UAAUCCAGCCCAGCCGCUGAGUAGCCAUUUUGGUCCCACCUAAAACAGACAGACCCGCUUCACUUUGGGCCGCCGGAGAUGGAAGAAACCGAGCCGACGGCGAGUAUUUCAGCUACCCGAAUCUUUUGAAUCAUUCCAAGAAUUAUCCAGAGGUGACACUCGACGCCAUGGCACGGUUCUAGACAGAGUGGUUUUGUGGAAGAAAAGCCUGUGGCGAUUUUUGGAAGUGGCGACCGACAGCGCCUUAACGUUAUUAUAGUUAGCUCCAGUGACUCAAACCUAAACGGACAGACGGACACUGAUUUCGUUUUCCUGCCAAGUUUAGCACAGCCCAUGCACGGUUUGUACACGCCGUGUAAAUGCUGUAAGCGGGAUUAUUAUGCUCUUUGGUGAGGGUUUUUUCUGUCCCUAGCUGUUCAGGUGCUCGACUCUAACACGUCCGGUCUCGUUUGAAAAUUGUCACGAUCCAUGCUGAGACUGUUUCCCCGGAGGGAGCCGAAAAGCAAAGCAAUAAUUUCCUUCUUCGGCUGUCGGGCUGAAGACUGUGUGUAUUUUGGACUUAAAACGGCGACUGGCUGAGGAAGAAGGAAUAAAAGAUGUCAACAAAAACUCCUUUACCUACUGUCAACGAGAAGGUGACGGAAAGUCACACCUCUCAUACCAAUGGCCGUCAGGAGAUCAGCACACGCCCGGGCCGGACGGGCGUGCGUCCGGCCCGCAGCUCCGAGGAGCCGCAGCAGCCCCACGUAGGCAACUACCGGCUGCUCAAAACCAUCGGCAAGGGCAACUUUGCCAAGGUCAAACUGGCCCGACACAUGCUCACAGGCAGAGAGGUGGCAAUUAAAAUAAUAGACAAGACACAGCUGAACCCAAACAGCCUUCAGAAGCUCUUCAGAGAAGUUAGAAUAAUGAAGAUCUUGAAUCAUCCCAAUAUAGUCAAGCUUUUUGAAGUUAUUGAGACCGAGAGGACGCUCUACCUGGUAAUGGAGUACGCCAGUGGAGGAGAGGUGUUUGACUACCUGGUUGCACACGGAAGAAUGAAGGAAAAAGAGGCCAGAGCUAAAUUUAGACAGAUUGUAUCAGCGGUGCAGUACUGCCACCAGAAGCACAUUGUUCACAGAGACCUCAAGGCUGAGAACCUGCUCCUCGACGCAGACAUGAAUAUCAAGAUUGCAGAUUUCGGCUUCAGCAACGAGUUCACUCUGGGCAACAAGCUGGAUACGUUUUGCGGCUCUCCGCCGUACGCAGCACCAGAGCUUUUCCAGGGAAAGAAGUACGACGGGCCAGAGGUGGACGUUUGGAGUCUGGGGGUGAUACUGUACACGCUGGUCAGCGGCUCGCUGCCCUUUGACGGACAGAAUCUUAAGGAGCUGCGGGAGCGUGUGCUCAGAGGGAAGUACCGCAUCCCUUUCUACAUGUCCACAGACUGCGAGAACCUCCUCAAACGUUUCCUGGUGCUCAACCCGGCCAAGCGGGGUACUCUCGAGGUGAGGGUGGACGCAGAAAAUCAAAUUAUGAAGGAUCGAUGGAUCAAUGCAGGAUUUGAUGAUGACGAGCUCAAACCUUACACUGAACCAGAGCUGGACAUCACAGAUCAGAAGAGAAUAGAUGUGAUGGUUGGGAUGGGCUACAACUUGGAGGAAAUCCAGGACUCUCUGGCCAAGAUGAAGUAUGACGAGAUCACAGCCACCUACCUGCUCCUGGGCAGGAAGGCCUCUGAGCUGGAGCCCGGCGACUCGGCCUCCAGCAGCAACUUGUCUCUGGCCAAACCGAGGCCAAGCAGUGAGCUCAACGGCCAGUCGCCCUCCCACCUCAAAGUCCAGAGGAGCGUCUCCUCCAACCACAAACAGAGACGUUACAGCGAGCAAGUUGGUCAGAACCUCCCUCCAGGGAUGGCUCAUCCAAAGAGGAGUCAGACAACUACUGCGGAGAACAGCGUGAAAGAGGAAGGUGGAGUCCAGCUCCGUAAACCGAGCAUCCCAGGAACCCGCGGGGCACCACCCUCCAGCCCUCUGAUGGGCAACGCCAACAACCCCAACAAGGCUGACAUCCCUGACCGCAGGAAAGGAGCCACCACUGCCCCGAGCAAUAACACUGCGUCUGCGGGUAUGACCAGGAGGAACACGUAUGUCUGCAGUGACAGAAACAACACAGACCGCCUCUCCGUCAUUCCUAACGGGAAAGAGAACAGCAUGACUGAGAUGGCUUGUGCCACUAGCCCCCCGUCUGCCUUUGCAGCCGCUGCAUUCGGUGCCUCGUCCAGUUCGGUGCGGCUGAGGUAUCAAACUGUCGGCCCUUUGUACGCUUGCCAGGCAGGCUGGGCCACGCUGCCCCACUCCUACUACGCUCUGGACUACUGCUCGCCCAACAACGUUGCCGUGUCUCCCGGGAGUCAGAGGAACCCGGUGGCGUCCACCCACAGCGUCGCCAACGCCACUACGCCCGACCGUCUCCGCUUCCCCCGAGGCACGGCCAGCCGCAGCACUUUCCACGGCGGCCAGCUGAGAGACCGCCGCACGGCCACGUACAACGGCCCGCCGGCCUCCCCUACUCUCUCCCACGAUGCCACGCCUCUGUCUCAGACCCGGAGCCGUGGAACCAGCAACCUUUUCUCCAAACUCACCUCUAAACUCACCCGCAGAAACAUGUCAUUCAGGUUUACCAAAAGAGUCUCCACCGAGUUUGAGAGAAACGGGAGACUUGAGGGCUCAAGUCGCCAUGUACCUGGGGAUCAAAAAGGGGAAAAUAAAGACGGUAAACCCCGCUCCCUCAGAUUCACUUGGAGUAUGAGGACCACCAGCUCCAUGGAGCCCUGCGAUAUCAUGCGGGAGAUUCGCAAGGUGCUCGACGCCAACAACUGCGACUACGAACAGCAAGAGAGUUUCCUGCUUCUUUGCGUCCAUGGAGACGGGCGAGCUGAAAACCUGGUGCAGUGGGAGAUGGAGGUUUGCAAGCUUCCCCGUCUCUCCCUCAAUGGCGUCAGGUUCAAAAGGAUAUCCGGCUCAUCCAUCGCUUUCAAAAACAUUGCUUCCAAAGUUGCCAAUGAGUUAAAGCUAUGAACAAAAGGGUUUAAAGUAUACAUAUAUAUAUCUAGAAGUAUUUAAGCUGUACAAUCAUCCAAGUAGCAGUUUCCAAAUGUCUCCUUUUUCUAAACAAAACACAGAGUAUGUAUUGAAUAUUAUAAUGUAUAGAUUAAGGCUUUUGGCAAUAAUCACCGAAUUACCUACUAAUAUCUCAGUCUGUUCUGACCGCACAGGGUCGACAUUAAUGAGUUGAAUAUGAUUUGUCAUGCUGUGAAUGUGGACGAAAAAGCAUUUCUGGUCUUAUUUAUUUCACCUUUUAUUUUUCUCUCUCCUGGAAAAAGGAAAAUGACGUAGCGUUCUGUUUUCAGUGUAAAUAAUGUACCUUACUUUGAAGAUGGCUUCUCUGCAAUACUCGUUUUGUUUUUUUUCUUCUCCUUUUGUAUUUUGUUAAAAAGUAGAGAUGAUGGGGAGUCCAUGUAAAUGCCCACAUGGUUAAGGGUCACUCAUGUCUCAAUUAAAGUGUCUGUCAACCUAAA